AGCGGAUGACGCCAUUUCUUCCGCGUUGGCCUGGACGUGGCAGCUCCAUCGGGGAAACGGAACCGAGAUACUCCCAUAUUUGUAUUUAUCAGGGUAGAUAACCUGGUGUCUUUCAUUUUUUUUACACAUUUUUCCUUGCGUGGACGUUUUCAAGAUUAUUACUACUCAACAUGGGGCUUUCUAUCUCCAAUUUGUUCACUCGACUUUUCGGCAAAAAACAGAUGAGGAUUCUCAUGGUUGGCUUAGAUGCAGCUGGUAAGACUACCAUUCUCUAUAAAUUGAAACUGGGAGAAAUUGUUACUACUAUUCCAACUAUUGGUUUUAAUGUAGAAACUGUGGAGUAUAAGAAUAUUUGCUUCACAGUUUGGGAUGUUGGUGGUCAGGACAAAAUUCGACCCCUUUGGAGACAUUAUUUUCAAAAUACACAGGGCCUUAUUUUUGUAGUUGACAGCAAUGAUAGAGAACGAGUUCAAGAAUCUGCUGAAGAACUGCAGAAAAUGCUCCAAGAAGAUGAAUUGCGAGAUGCGGUGUUAUUGAUAUUUGCCAAUAAACAAGACUUGCCAAAUGCCAUGGCAGUAAGUGAGUUGACAGAUAAAUUGGGUCUUCAAACUCUUCGUCAUAGAACUUGGUACGUCCAAGCAACUUGUGCCACUCAAGGCACUGGCUUAUACGAAGGACUGGACUGGUUGUCCAAUGAGCUGUCAAAACGCUAAGAGAAGAUGUGAAAGGACAAUCCAGAAUGAGAGAGAACGAGUGUGUCUGAAAAUUUUACCAACAUUUAAACCCUGUUUCAAAUGUCAUUGUCUGUCUGGUAGAACUUGAAGUUAUGGACUUUAAAUCUGCUUUUGAGAUUUUUUUUUUCUUUUUGUUUUUUCUCCCCUUCAUUUUUACCUUCAUUGUAAUAAUGAAAGUCAUGUUGUUUUUCCCCCAUCAUCCCUUCUUACACCCCUUAUUCAUUGCAGCAGAGUAAAUUUUUCAUUUGCAUGUUUUUAAAUAAAAUGGAUAAAAAGUUUAAAAAAAAAAAAAUAAAAAAAUAAGAAAAAGCAGUGUGGCAUUAUCAAAUUUGCAGUCAUUAGCUCAGUGGAAUGUAUUGGAUGCCGACAUAGACAUAAAGCCCUAAAUAGCAUAUAUUCAUACAUAUGUGUGUGAAGUUUUUUUAUUUAUAUAUACAUAUAUUUAGAAAAAUAAACCCCAAGAGAUCUUAUGAUUUUUGUAAAUUCUUCUACUUCAGUUUGAAACACUGCAUGUAAACAUUUUCAUGAUCAAGUUAUUAUUGCUAAUGGAUUAAAACAAAUCACUCUGCUCUGAACCAAUUUAGUGAGAAUAUGGUUUCACAUAGUCUUUAUUUAAUGCACUGUAAAUAUUAUUUGAUAGUUAGGACCAGUCAUAUUGUUCCAAAUCAAGUCCAAAAAGACUAAGUUAUCAGUUAUUUUGAUUAAAGGUGCUGUAGUAGAAGAAAAUGGUGGUAUAGGCUAUAACCAGGAUUUUGACAUUUUAGAAAUUGCUUAAAUUACUGGAAUAUUUAAUAUAGAUUUAUAAAUAGAAAAUCAGUAUAAGUCAAUGGCCAGUGCUGAGUAUUUAUGUAACAUUUUUAUUUGCAGCAAUGUUUGCUUUACAACACCUUGAAAUAGUCACGUAGCCAUUAAUUGAGUGAACCAUACCGUAAAGUUUGUCUGAACUAGUGUGAAAGUGUGUUUGUUUUAUUUUUAUUUUUUUAAAUAAAUAUAUCCAGCAAGCAUUGCAAAAAUCAAGCCUCAAUGAGCUUACAUAGCUGUAAAUGUUGUUUUUGAGGCUGAAUGAUAAAACUAAUAUAUAACAACUGAUAGCAACCAUGUGCCCCCAAAGCCAUACGAUAACAUGGCAAAGCCCUGUAACUAAAAUAUGAUUACUGAUUUUAGAGUAUUUUUAGUUUUUCUUGAAUUGUUUUUUUCUUUUUAUCCCGUCUGUUCAAAUUCAGAGUUUAUAGCAGAGGCACAUUAAUAAUGCAGCAAUAUAAAUGUGGUACAAGAAGAAACUGAGCCGUAUUUAUGUAUAAAAAGUAAAGGAGAUCAAUGAUAAUCUUGUGUCCUGAGAAGCAAGAAAAUGUACUUUCCUGUCCCAUCACUAUAUACUGAAAGAAUCGUCAUUUGCUUUUCCUUAUAUUUAAAACCAAGUCUACUUUAUCAGAAAUUUAACUUUUUCAAAUACAUGUUAAAUUGCUGUAACUUUAGUUUUUCUCCCAGACUUAAACACAUUUUUUGGAACCAUCUUUUGAGAAUAUGGAUUUAGGUUGAAAGGGGUGAUUAGAAUGUUUUGUAGUAAAACAUAGAAGAUGGCAAACAGUUCAGUUUUCAGAAUGUUUUGACACUUAAACACACACAACCUUGAGCAAAUUAAAUAUGGAACAGGGAUUUCUCAAAAUGUAUUGGGUUAGUCCUUAUGUUUUCCUGACACAGUAACACUCCCUUCCAUAUGUAGAAUUAUUUCAAAGAAGACACUUAUGUACCUUUGCGCCUUCUCAUUUUUGAAACUUAUUUAGGAUAUACAAAGAAUAAACGUCAAGUUCUUUGUGAGUUCAUGUAGCUUUACAUCAUAUACGUGUUACUGAAAUUGUGCAUUAAGUAAAAUGAGAAAGUCCUUAAUUUUAGUUAAAUGUAAUUUUUUUUAUUUUAUUUAUAUUGUGAAACCUGCACUCUUUGACCUCGUAUGUUCAAGUUAACAAGUGUUAGUAGUUCUGGUUGACCAGCUCAGAAUGAUCAGCAGUAGGAGCUAUACCUUUGCCACCUUGCAGACAUAGUGCUUAUUUCAGAAUAUUUUAAUCACAGUUUCCUUAAAUUGACAGUAUGUUACUGAUAGAGCUAUCAUGACUUUUCAAAGAAUAUGCAUGUAAGUUAAUUUUUUUUUUUCUGUCUGUUUGGUUGUGGGGACUGUAAACAGUAGAAUAUGAGUAAAUUGUUAUAUUAAAAAAUCAUUUGGACUAAUUCUAUGAAAUGUUUCUGAUUAGUUGUAAAGCACUUGACAGACCUACAUAGACAGUGCGUAGAAGCAAUUUAAAAGAGCCAGCUACAAUAUCUAGUGGCCAUUCUGAUCAAAUAUCUUGGUCUCACAAAUCCAGUCAGUUGCACAAUCUUUAUGGUAGUGUACGUGAGGGAUGUUGACACUCUGGUUUGUAGUUAAAAUAAAGUGUGUUUUUUACUGGUAAUAUUUGAGUGUCUAUGUACAUAUGUUUAAGUACUCAUUUUAAAACUGUUUACAGUAUUUACUUUUCUGGAAUUAUUACAACCAUAUUUGUCUUUCUUUCUCUCUCUCUGGACCAAAACUGUAAUGUGUAAAAAGCUAUGUUACGUGUUGAUGGUUUCUCAUUGAUAAUUUUGUCAUUGUCCUAUUGAAAAUAUCAACAAAAUAGACCAGAUUAUUUUUUUACCCUUCACAUACAUUAAGGUAUACAAGAAAUCAUCUAUCUUCAUUUAUUGGUUCUUGGCCAUGCAAAUUAAUUUUUUUUCAGCCGUAAGGUGAAGUUUUCAAAAUAUAAGGAUUUUAUAUAUGAUUUAAUUAACAUUCUUAAGUGUACUCUAAAAUAAGGGGCACUGGAAUUAAACGUAGUUAUGUCUAAUUUGAUUAUGUUUGAUUGCAUUACAAUAACCAGUUCAUUCCACUAUUUGUUUUAUUUUGCACAACGUAAAUGACCUACAUUUACAAAAAAACAAAUGUUGUUCAGUAAUAUUCAUGUAUUUCUCAGACAAAAUAUUGUACCUUUUCCUUGUUAUUGUACUGUUUGGGCUUUGGAUUUGGUUUUAAUAUGUGGAUUAGUUGUUUUUCUUUUACAAAGAGAACAUCAUUGUUAAACAUGUUUAUGCUGUUUUAUGGCCCACUGCUUUAAAUCUUAAUAAAAAUAAAGACCUUUUCAGGA